GGCGGUGGCAUCCUGCUCGCAACACACGCCACAGCCCGAUACGUUAAAGUGGCUGCCGCCGCCGCCGCCGCCGCCGUCGUCGUCACUUGCCUCCGACGCCGGUUUUUAAUCGGAUUGCAUUUCCGGCGUGGAUGAAGGGUGCUACUCUUUAUCCCUCGCAUCUCGGUAAGCCUUUCCGCAGCCGACGACUGCUCGAUCGCGUCGCGUUUAACAAGCAACACAGUGACGCCAGUGAAAAUCCAACAAUUAAAAAAAAAAGUGAGAGAGAUUGGUUUCUCUUUCGAUCGAACAGAGAUCCUUUGUUGGCCCUUUGUUGGCCCUUCUUUUCAAACUAUCGGUGGUUUCUUUCGCGCGUUUCGACGUAAAGAGUGGAUUGCCUUGAAAAAAUGUGGUUGAGAGAAAACCGGUCGGAAAAAGUGCCGCCCCGUUAUUUUAUCGAACGUUAAAAUUGAAAUCUGGAGCAAGUAUUCCAUGGAGAUUCAUUUUUUUUUCUGCAAGACGGUGAUUUUUUUUUUUAUUUCUUCUCUCAGGAAGCGGCGGCUCCGCUUUGGCAUUUAACGAGUUGCUUAAAAUAGUCGUGAUCGAUGAGUCGGUAUCGAAUUAAUGAUCAACAAUAAGCUGUCUGUGUCCCGUCUGGCGGAGGAGGUUCCCUCGAAACUCGCGGCCCGUAGCGUUUCGUCUUUAAGUGUGGCUUUAACUGCAUGGCCUGUGGAAGUUUAUGGCCGCCGGGAGGGUGGUGCGGCACAAUACGUGGCAUUUUUUCAUUGUGAAAGGCGAGAAGUGCACCACGUGUGCGGACGGAAACGGCCGCGUAUGUGGCUGGUGUGGCAUUGACGAAAGAACGGUUGACCGAGCGUUGGAGAUCAUCUCCCCGCUCGUGUUGUCCAAUCGCCAGUUUGCUGAUGCGGCUCAUUCAACCGGCGAUUGCGGGCAUGUCGAUCGCAAUGAACCGCAGGGUUAGUGCACUGCACCACCUUCUCACGAUAGUGGUUCUUGUUCCCGCAGGCGUCGGGCUCGACGUAUCCCGGCUCGCAACAACGAGUAACAAGAACGUGAAAACAAACGUUUGAUUAAGUUGUAAAUUAGAAGUUUCUCAUGCAAGAAAACUCGGAAAAUCAUCGUCUUUUUCAUCGUCGCUCCGUCAGACGCACUUAAAGUAGUAUGAAGUAUCGGAGCCAGAGAACGGCGGAACUCACGUAUCAGUACUUGAGUCACUGAUAUGGAAAAACACGCCCGUGAUAAAAUAUCGAUCAAUGACGUCCGGAACGGAGGCGCACUCGAGGGAAUCAACUUGUAGGCUCACGUGCGCGCUCACGAUAACUUCAAAUUCGGGAUUAUCAAACGCGCUCGCAUUCCCACCGGAUAUUUUCCGUCGUUCCAAGGCCGCGAUGCGACAUGGCCAUCUUUAGCACUUCGAAGGAAAAGUUUGACAAUGAAAUGUUUUACGUUAUAAAGAAAAUCUCUUCGUUCUAAUAACGGACAGAGCGAUGGGAUUGGAAGGGUAUCCUCUGACGAGACUAAUUACUAUACCUGAGUCGACGAUAGCGGGCACCAUGACGAGGAUGAACCCGACCGAAGACCCAGGGACCCCUAAAGAGUGCAAAUGGGAGAGGUGACGUAUCACCCAGUGAUGCGUAAACGGCGUGGAGUGGGCAGCGCCUUUCUGGGCCUCUUCGUGGGCCUGAUCCUGGGUUUUCUGAUCCUCAGCUACCGGCUGAUCGUCUUCAAUCAGCAGCAACAGGUCGCCAUUUGGACCUCCAUACCCGCAUUACGGUCGACGCCGAAAACGUCGGCGCGAAACAUGCCGUGGCUGAGGGACGACGAGCGAAUCAACAGCUCGACUUCGAAUCUGGUGUUUGUGGGCGUGAUGACGGCUCAAAAGUACUUGGACACGCGAGCCAAAGCCGUCUACGAGACGUGGGGCAAGGAGCUGCCCGGCAAGAUAGUCUUCUUCUCGUCCGAGUCCUCGACGGUUCCCGAGAACUGUCCGGAUCUGCCCCUGGUGCCGCUACCGCGAGUGGACGACACCUAUCCGCCGCAAAAGAAGUCCUUUAUGAUGCUGCAGUACAUGUGGAGCAACUUUGGUGAUCGCUUCGAGUGGUUCUUGCGGGCGGACGACGACGUGUACGUGAGGACGGACCGGCUGGAGACGCUGCUGAGGUCCGUCGAUUCCAGAAGGGCGAUGUACAUCGGACAGGCCGGCAGAGGGAACUCGGAGGAGUUCGGGCUGCUGUCGUUGGAGUACGACGAGAACUUCUGCAUGGGUGGCCCGGGAGUGGUGCUGUCCAGGGAGACGCUGAGGAGGAUCGUGCCGCAUAUCAAAUACUGCCUACGCCAUUUGUACACCACUCACGAGGACGUCGAGCUGGGAAGAUGCGUGAAAAAGUACGCUGGGAUCCCCUGCACUUGGAGCUACGAGAUGCAGUCGAUUCUUUAUCACAACAGCAGCGGGGCCCAGGCAUUCACCGGAAAUCUUAAGAAGAAGGAGGUUCAUCGUGCCAUCACUUUGCAUCCUGUGAAAAGUCCGCCUCACAUGUACAGGCUGCACAAUUACAUGAGGGGACUGCGAAUACAAGACCUGCAGCAAGAGAGGAUCCGUUUGCACAGGGACGUUUACACCAUGGCCCAGGUGUUGGGGGUGAGCCUGGAAGCCUUGAGGAAUCACGAGAUAGCGGAGGGCGUGCGUCUCUUUCCGGUCGAUCCUAAUUCCGAGGAUUAUCCCGGCGACACGGACACACUGGGUGUGCCGGCGAGUCUCCGUUCGUUCAAGCCGGCAACGAGCGAUGAAGUGAUCCCUUGGGACUUCCUCUUGAAAUUGGAAUACAGCUUGACCGAUUCUAAUCCCAGGCGACGUAUUCACAGCGACAUCAAAGAGGGCCUGGAGGAUAUCACUAGGGAGGUCAUGGCUUCGAUUAAUUCCUAUUCAAGGCAGCGGGGUCGCAUAGUCGAAGAACGAUCCGCUCUUUACGGAUACAGAAGGGUGAAUUCCUACGGGGCUGACACAAUAUUAGAUCUUCUGUUGGUCUAUCGGAAGUAUCGGGGCAGGAAAGUCACUCUUCCCGUCCGAAAACACGUUUAUCUCCAUCAGCAUUUUACCGGAUUAGAGAUACGCGAGACAGUAAACGGCGUCGAAGUUCAACCUCGGCAGGAAUCGGACGACAAAUCUAUUCGCAACUUCCUUCACGGUGGUUUCCUGAAUCUCAAUUUCAACUCUCGAGCGGAAGAUCCGGUGCAAAGCAAGAUCAUCAACUUUAUCCUACCUCUGUCGGGCCGCUACGAAAUUUUUCGAAGGUUCCUCCAGAAUUACGAGGAUAUCUGCUUGACUAGCGGCGAGAAGACGUCACUGCUCGUCGUGCUCUACCAGCACAGAAGCGAGAACACCUUCAACAAAACGAUAGAUCUGAUCGAGCAGCUCAAGUACAAAUAUCGCAGUGCCAGCAUAGAGGUUCUACCGGUCGCCGGGGACUUUUCCCGAGCCCGAGCCCUCGACUUGGCCGCGUCGAGGCUGCAGGUCGACGAUCUGAUGCUGUUCAUCGACGUGGACGUCGUGUUCACGGGCUCGGCGCUGAACAGGAUACGCCUGAACACGCUGCCGGGCCGAAGAAUGUACUUUCCGAUAGUCUUCAGCCAGUACGAUCCCAAAGUCGUUUACGGCGACGCCAGGAGGCAGGACAAGUUCACCAUAAACGAGAUCUCCGGACACUGGAGGCAGUAUGGCUUCGGAAUUGUUUCCCUGUACAAGAGCGACUACCGCACCGUGGGCGGUCUGGACCUCUCGAUUCAGGGCUGGGGCAAGGAGGACGUGGAGUUCUUCGAGAAGGCGGUCAGGUCGGGACUCGACGUAUUCAGGGCGGCUGACAGGCACCUGGUGCACGUGUAUCACGAGAUAGAGUGCAGCCGGGAGCUCUCCAGCCUACAGUACUCCAUGUGCAUGGGAUCCAAGGCUGACACGUACGCCGGAGUCGAGACUCUGGUCAACAUGAUUUACGGUAACCCGAACAUACUACGCUUCGCCAAAGAGAGGAGACAGAGAAGGACGAAUCCUGCUGGUUAACGAUGGAUCUGCCAAAUUAUCGGCCCCGUCGAAUACAAUUUUAGAAUUAGAAAUUGUGUGUGUAAAAAUAUUUCUCUCGUUACGCACUCGCUUCAGUCACGCGAACGUAACAUCGAUUGAAUUAAAUAUCCAAGCACUUUCGGUGCCAGAGUAUCUCGUUAGUCAUACUAUUUUGUGUAAAUAUGAAGUAUAAUUGUGUGAGUCGCGCAAGCAAAUCAAUACACUCUGAUAUUUUAUUGUAUGGCGAAAUGUAUAUAUCGAAGCUUUAAUCGAGAACAUAAUUUUUAAGAAUUGAAACAUCAUUGGUAUUACGAUUUUUAAAGAUAGAUCUGGCGAUCGAUAAAGAUCACCAAAGUCACUGCAGGCAUCCCUGAUGAAAAAAUUUUCAUCUCACACAUAAUAUUUUUAAGAAUUUUUCACAUUUUAUGUUUAUGAAGAUUUAAAAAAAAAUCUUAAACUACUUUAGAUUUUGUAAGUUUUUUUCCAGAAAUUAUACAAUGAAAAAUCUUAGAAAGAAAAUAGCUUUCUGCAUUUCAAAAAAUAUUCUAACUUACAAAAAAUUUGAGAAAUUUUUUAAAAAGUUAUCAAAUUAUACAUAUAGAAAUUGUGAAAAAUUUUAAAAUUUAUACAGAAAUUCUGAAAAAUUAUAUGAAAAAUGUUCACCAGGGAUGCUAAUAGAUUAUUAAUGAAAAUUUAUUACGUUAAGGAAGUAUAUAUGGUUUGUCGUUGUUUAGUUUAUGAGAUGAUAUUAUUCUCUAUCGCCCAAUGAUCUUUCCUUUUAUUGAGGCUAGAAACAGACAAACAUUGUUUCCUCUUGCAGAUGCACUCGCCGACAGUUCUAUAUAUAGGAAUCGAGCGUAAUGACAUGCAUUUAUAAAAUCGUCAGUCUAGGUAGUAAAUUUAAGUGUUAUAAGUAAAUGUGAUAUUAUCGUGCCUUUAAAAUAUUCCUUCACAAUUUCAUGUACUGCCAAAUGUAAAGACACUGUUACGACUAUUUCGUCACGUAGACGUACGUAGAUUCUAAAUUGUCGGAUUGUGCGCUUCGCAUUUUAUAUAUUUACACGUAAAAAGGCCUCUGUCUGCAACAAUUGGAAUAAUACUCACGCUUUAUUAAAUAAAAUUUUUAUGUUAAGUAA